GGACUAUAUAUAAGGGGCGCAGGGAGGGCUUCUGUUCUGUUUCUGUUGUUCCUCUGCGCUGGUGGCACUUUGUCUCUAUCUUGGGCUCUUGUCAGUCUCUGAACGGGAGAUCAUGGCACCUAUUGGAGGGACUGUGAAAGCCAAGAAGGGUAUUCUGGAACGUUUAGAUGCAGGAGAAGUUGUGAUUGGUGAUGGAGGAUUUGUCAUUGCUCUUGAAAAGAGAGGUUAUGUAAAAGCUGGACCAUGGACUCCAGAAGCUACAGUAGAACACCCAGAAGCAGUUCGUCAGCUGCACCGAGAAUUCCUAAGGGCUGGAUCAAAUGUUUUACAGACAUUCACCUUUUAUGCCAGUGAUGACAAAUUAGAGAACAGGGGAAACUAUGUAGCUGAUAAAAUUUCUGGCCAGAAAGUGAAUGAAGCUGCAUGUGAUAUUGCAAAAGAAGUGGCUGAAGAAGGAGAUGCUUUGGUGGCUGGAGGUGUCAGUCAAACACCUUCAUAUUUAAGCAGCAAGAGUGAAGCUGAAGUUAAAUCCAUAUUUCGAAAGCAGCUAGACAUUUUUAUGAAGAAGAAUGUGGAUUUCUUAAUUGCAGAGUAUUUUGAACAUGUUGAAGAAGCUGUGUGGGCAGUUGAGACCUUAAAGGAAUCUGGGCUGCCCGUUGCAGCUAGUCUGUGCAUUGGUCCAGAAGGAGACAUGCAUGGUAUAACGCCUGGAGAAUGUGCUGUUCGACUUGUAAAUGCUGGAGCUUCUAUUGUUGGAGUAAACUGCCAUUUUGACCCAGCCACUAGCCUCAAAACUGUGAAACUCAUGAAAGAAGGUUUGGCUGCUGCUAAAGUAAAAGCACAUUUGAUGACACAACCGCUUGCUUUUCAUACUCCUGACUGUGGAAAGCAGGGUUUCAUUGACCUCCCAGAAUUUCCUUUUGCUUUGGAACCAAGAAUCCUAACCAGAUGGGAUGUCCACAAAUAUGCAAGGGAGGCAUAUAACUUAGGGAUCAGAUAUAUUGGAGGGUGCUGUGGAUUUGAGCCAUAUCACAUCAGAGCAAUUGCUGAGGAGCUGGCCCCUGAAAGAGGCUUCUUACCAUGUGCGUCUGAAAAACAUGGCAGCUGGGGGAGCGAUUUGAGCAUGCAUACCAAGCCAUGGGUCAGAGCGAGGGCUAGGAAAGAGUACUGGGAGAAUCUGCUGCCUGCUUCAGGCCGCCCCUAUUGCCCUUCACAGUCAAAACCAGACGAGUGGGGAGUGACCAAAGGAGAUGCUGAGCUGAUUCAGCAGAAAGAAGCAACAACUGAGCAACAGCUGAAAGAGCUCUUCAACAAACAGACAUUCAAAUCCAAAGUAAAGGCAUAAAUUAUUAGCAAUUUCUUAUGUACUGAAAUAAAUGCAUUAAUGUAUAAUUGACAUUCAUUGUGAAGAUGAUUGCAAACUGAUCUCGCUAAUUAUAAGUUUAAAGUAUAAUAAACCUGAGAAAUGCAAAUAUUACACUGUAAUAUUUUCAUUUAUGAAAAGUAUUCUUAUCCAUAUGAAUUUAUGUGAAAUUUCAGAUAUUAGAAGCAUUCACAAGACAUCAGAAUUUAUUGUAAACUCCCAAUUUACAGUAUGCACACUUCUGAGAAUCUUUAUCUUCUCCAAUCUUCUUGAAAUGAUUGGGAUUUAGGUAUAUACAAAUGGUUAAACAGACCAACUAUAGUGUAAAACUAGACACUAAAAAAAUGUGUAUUCCCUGAGAUAAAUCCGAUGUAUGCUUCAGCAAUCAGACUUACAAAUUAAAUCCAUGUUUACUUUUCAGUGACCACUCACAAAGCAAAGCAUGCUAAAUUUAUAAUAUUUAGGUGAGGACAAUCACAUGCUAUGACUCUCAUGUGUUAAAAACAUUUACUCUAAUUUGAUGCUUAAGUGUAUAUCUUCAAAACUAGCAGAACAGACAUGUCAUGAAGUUUUGUCUUUCACUCUUCUGUAGGAGAUGGGUCCCCUAAAGAUCAUCUAGCUGAGCUGCCACCACCCACUGAUUUUAACCUACCCAGCCCUUAAUCAGUAACUCAGUGAGACGUUAUUGAGGAACUUGACUUGUGCUUUUUCUGCCUCUGACUCUGCAGAGGCAUCUGCACAUCCCAAGCAAAAGCUACAUGCAGGAAUCUGGGAGGAAAGCAGAUAUUUAAAGAAGCCUUUAGUCUAAAUGUUGAGGUGUUGAAAUAAGUUACAUGAAGACGUGGUUCUUCAAGCAGUUACUUGAAGUUACAAAAUUACAAAAGCCUAAGUCAUAUUCAGCCAAAGGUAAACAUAAACAUAAUUUUCCUAUUGCACCCAGCUAAUACAUGUUUUGUGUAGCUGAUGGAGUCUGAGUCCCUGAUGUUCAUGGGGAAAUUUGGAGUCUAGACCUGCAUUGUCCAGCCUACAGUCAGCACUCCCAUUAGGUGCAGUAGGAAUCUCAGUCCUAAGUCUCACUUUGCUCAACUCUCUGCCUCAUGUUCCUCCUCGGGUUUUUAUAACCUCUUUGGGAGGCAUCUUGAAAAGUUGCUCUUCUGCUCAUUCUCAUUGGUCAGUUAUCUCUCAUGGUCUCUGUGCCCCUGACUCCCAAUAAAUUUAACUUAACCCAAUACAUCAUUAACCAUUUGUUUACUUGAAAGGGAGACUAUACCCCUCAGCUGUGCUGCCCAGAUAAUGGGGAGAGCCCAUCACAAGUCCUAUGGCUGGGGUUGGGAAUUUUUGCAGAACUUCUAAAGCCCCAUCAGCAUUCCAUGGUAGGAUAGGAGAUCAGGUACAGAUUAUUUACAAUUUACCUUCAUUGACUCUUGAUGGGGGUGGCAGCUUUGCAGGGGACACAUCAGGGAAGCAAGAGGGCUUAUAACUAUUUGGAUCCUUGUGUGUCUCAACAUACUCUUAAACAGCCAUUUUCACCCCUCUCAGUUGUUGCUUUAUUAGUAGCACUUUGAUAGAGCCUCCAGCAGUGUAAGUUAUAUUCUGUAAGUCUAACUCUUUCUCUGCUGGUGGACCACCAUGUGGCUUCCUACAGUCAUUGAGCUUUCCAUCUACCAACUAUUCCAGUAGCUGAUUGCUUUUCAGUUUUCUGUUUACUGUCUAGUGAACAUUUUUAGGAUUGAAGUCAAAGCAGGACUUAACUUUCUCUGGGUUCCCCAGCCCGACCCAUUUCCAAGUAGAGCAUUAUUUAUGAAAAUAAAAUGGUACAGGUACUUUUUGGAAAAUAUGUUUUGUUCAUUCAUUACAAUGUUUUGCUCAUUUGCUACAUCUAUAAUUUUAAAAUUGAGUGGAAAACUGAAGAAUAUAAGACCUCUAAUAAGUCAUUUUAAAGUAUGUAUUAUACAUACAUUGCAGUCCAUUCCAAUAUCUUGCACUGGUGCACCAAUCAAGUAGCUGAGAUUAUUUCUGUCACAUCUCUAGGCUUUAGUGCUAGCUCUGAAAAUGAGCUCUACAUAGCAAUGAGGUGUUGAAACAAGUUAAAAUGCUCUUGUAUGUAGCUAUAUAUUUCUUGUAUGUAGCUAUAUAUUUCAAUAAUAUCUGAUGUAUGAGGCUUCAUAUGUUGAUAUAGAUCCAAGAUCAAUGUUCUUUAUAAAUACCAAUAUCAAUAAAGAUUUAUAAAUUGAGUAACUGUCA